AAGAAUUAAAAACAAAACCACCACCUAAACUCCUCAAACCCACUAACUCAUCAACCUAAGUAAUCAAGUAUAUACUCCACCAAAAUUAGGAACAACUAAUAAGUAAAGUCUCUUCCCUUCUUCUACAAUUUAUUUUAGUCUUGUUGUUGCUGGCUUGUUAGAUUUCAACCUAGCUGGCUUUAGUUACAGAUUUAACUGUUCUUGUUACCUACAAAUCAUUACAGGCUUCGUUUUGUUUUUUGUUUUAUCAAUUUAGAAAAAAAUACGUAGUUGGAUAUUAAUGUAUUUUUUUCUAUCGGUAGUUGGAUAAUCAUAGUUGACUACUACUUUUGUUCUAUAUAUCCAGAAGGAAACCCUAGCUAGAAACACUUGGGCUUGGUAGUUAUCUGUUUGAUUUGUAUAAAUAAUGGCAAAUCGAUGGUGGACUGGACCGGUAGGGUUACCUGGGAUGGAACCCUCAUCAGUAUCAGUUUCACCAGGGAUGAAGAAACGAGAUCCCGAUGGGGGUGAUGAAGAAGAAGAGAGAGAAAAUGAAGAUGAACAAAGAGAUGAUCAAGGUGCAGUUGAAGUUGGAAGUCGUCGACCAAGAGGUAGACCACCAGGUUCAAAAAACAAGCCGAAACCGCCAAUAUUCGUCACCCGAGAUAGUCCAAACGCUCUUCGUAGUCAUGUAAUGGAAAUAGCUGGUGGAGCUGACGUAGCUGAAAGCGUUGCACAAUUUGCAAGAAGACGUCAACGAGGAGUUUAUGUGUUGAGUGGAAGUGGUGCAGUUGUUAAUGUAACCUUAAGACAACCAGCUGCACCAGGUGCAGUUGUAGCAUUACCGGGUCGAUUCGAGAUUUUAUCAUUGGCUGGUUCUUAUUUGCCUGGACGUGCUCCUCCUGGUGCUACAGGAUUGACAGUUUACUUAGCUGGUGGCCAAGGUCAAGUAGUGGGUGGAUGUGUUGUUGGAACACUUACAGCGUCUGGUCCUGUUAUGGUCAUAGCAGCAACAUUUGGAAAUGCAACGUAUGAGAGGUUGCCAUUAGAAGAAGCAGAGCAUAACAAUCAGCAAGAUCAUGAAGAAGCAGGAAGCGGCGGCUGUGGAGGACAAGGAUUGGAAAAUUCACCUCCUGCAGUGGGUAGUAGUGGAAGUCAACAGCAACAACUGCCUGAUCUGUCAACCCAGAUGCCAGUUUACAAUCUGUCCCCAAAUCUGCUUGCAAACAAUAAUAAUGCUAGUGGUGCCCAAUUGAACCAUGACGCUUAUGCUUGGGCACAUGCACGUCCACCUUUCUGAUCAUGGAACUAAACUAAGUUAGCUAGUUAUAGUGUGUGAGAGAGAUAGACUGAUAGAGGGAGGUAGAAAAUUAGUAGUAGAUAUAUAGCUUGACGAUGAGGAUGAUUUCAGUUUCCGACUUUAAAUGGAAGAAAAAAACGAAGGGGGAUACAGAAAAAAGAAUCAUGGGUUUUUGAUUUACAUUGCUAUGUAUAUUUUAGUGGGUUUAUUUUGUUCUUUAUUUUCCUUUCUAAAUUUAUCUCUCUAGAGUCUGGACUAAGUUUGAAUAUAAAAAUUGCAGUUUGGUUCGUUUGA